CAAAUCACAAUUUUGCAUUUGCAUUUUGCAUCGCUCGCGCCAACUGCCAAGGAAUAGUGAUUUUACUUAUCGUCGCCAUUCUCCUUUUCUCAGUAAAUCUUUAAAGUUUUAUUUAGUUUUGGGUAUAUUAUUUCGAAUUUAAGUUUCAGAUAAUGGAUGAUGAAUGGGACGAUUCUUGUGAUGUUGUUGUGCCACCUCCACCAACACUACAGUACACAAAGUCAUACAAUGAUGUUGAUGAAGGUCAUAGCUUGUCACAGGGAAGAGGUUUUACAUCAUUUAUAGAAGAUGAAGGAAAUGAUUUCGACAAAGGUGGCAAUGGGUUUGGUGAAAGGCGAGGACGCGGGGGCCGGGGCGGCGGCAGGGGGCGCGGUGGACGCGGCGGUCGGGGAGGCUUUAGAGAUAGAGGAGACUAUGAAUCCAAUGGUGACUACAACGAUAGGGGUGAUCGCGAAGAGCGUGGUGAGCGUGGGCGCGGUCGUGGCAGAGGUCGCGGGGGCGGAGGCCGAGGCGGGGGCCGGGGCAGCGGGGACGAAGCGCCUGAGGGAGAGGAGGAGAAAAAGGCGCCCGUUACUUAUGUACCCCCCGAGCCGACGGAGAAUGAGCAGGAGAUCUUUGGUAGCACCAUCAGUUCGGGCAUCAACUUUGAUAAAUUCGACUGUAUUGCCGUUAAGGUAACUGGCGAAAAUCCCCCAAGGCCUAUUGAUAGCUUUGAGACUGCCAACUUGAGGAAAUAUGUUUUGGACAACAUCCUCAAGUCGGGAUACAGAAAACCCACGCCGAUUCAAAAGCACGCCAUACCCAUCAUCAUGGAUGGCAGAGAUUUGAUGGGAUGUGCCCAAACUGGAUCUGGGAAAACGGCUGCUUUCCUUCUUCCCAUUAUUAAUACCUUGCUACAAGAUAACCGUGAAUUAGUUGUUGGAGAAAAUAGAUGUGCUCAGCCUCAGGUUAUUAUAGUAUCGCCAACACGAGAACUGACACUGCAAAUAUUUAAUGAGGCAAGAAAGUUCUCAUAUGGGUCCAUUUUAAAAGUAGCUGUUGCAUAUGGGGGUACAGCUGUCCGCCAUCAAGGUGACCAAAUUUCUAAAGGCUGUCACAUCCUAGUAGCGACGCCGGGCCGUUUGCACGACUUUGUUGAUCGCAACCGAAUAUCCUUUGACAGUGUUCGUUUCGUGGUGCUUGAUGAAGCAGAUCGUAUGCUGGAUAUGGGUUUCAUUCCGUCAGUGGAAAAAAUGAUGGACCAUGUUACCAUGGUGCCUAGCGAUAAACGCCAAACGCUCAUGUUCUCAGCGACAUUCCCGGAAGACAUCCAACAUCUGGCUGGCCGUUUUCUCAACAACUACCUGUUCGUGGCCGUUGGUGUAGUUGGUGGUGCGAGCACGGAUGUCGAACAAAUUUUCCAUCAAGUAGCGAAAUACGAGAAACAAAAUAUGCUUAAGAAACUCGUAGAAGAUAAUGAUGGCAAGCGUAUACUGGUGUUCGUGGAAACCAAACGCACGGCAGACUUCAUCGCGUCACUGAUGUCCGAACAACAAAUGCUAACUUCGUCCAUCCACGGCGAUCGCAUGCAAAAAGAGCGGGAAGAAGCGCUUUAUAACUUUAAGAGCGGCCGCCAUUGCAUAUUGGUGGCUACCGCUGUAGCUGCUAGGGGAUUAGAUAUUAAGAACGUGGAUAUAGUGGUGAACUAUGACCUACCAAAGAGCAUCGAUGAGUAUGUACAUCGCAUAGGUCGUACCGGGCGCGUCGGUAACCGCGGCAAGGCCGUCUCCUUCUUUGACGCCGACAAGGAUGCGGCGCUGGUGGCGGACCUGUCGAAGAUCCUGCGGCAGGCGGAGCAGCCCGUGCCGGACUUCCUGCAGGGCGGCGGCACCGCCACGUACAAGACCAACAAGUACGGCGGCAGCGAUAUACGGAGGUCAGCGGCUGAUAAUGAGAACUUCAACAAUGUGAGUGCACCCGUAGAAACUGGGCAGGAACCAGACGAAGAAUGGUAACGGACGACGCGCUAUUGAUUGUUACACUAUACGCAGUGAUAUAAUUGUGUGUGCAACGUGUGGUGCUUGAGCUACGAAUUGUGUGUAAUCAUUGUGAACUUUCUACUCAACAUUACUCAAGACUGCAACUACUGUGACAAGUAUUCUUAGUUAUAAGCUAAUUGUUAAGUUUCAAACAACAACAUCUAAUUGCACAACUACAUUGAUUGUAAUACACACCAUAUGUUGUACUUAUUAGGUUAGUUGAAGACGUUUUUUUUCCUCGUUUUUGUUUAGUUUUUAUUUUUUUUGUUAAGAGUGAUUUUUAAGUUUCCGUUAUAGGCAUUAAGACUUAUUGUUAAAAUUACCAGAGCGUAGCGAUUAUUGUAUCUGUGAUGUGUUGAAAUUGCUCAUUUUGAAUUUAUUGAUAUUUCUAAAAUGUCUACAUUGUGUUUGCUCCAGUGAAUCUCAUAGACACACAUUAAAAAAUUCCUGCUGUCAAUGUUCCAUAGUGAACAAUUAGUAUAUAUAGAUUAUUCUAAAAUGUCGUAGAGUACAAUCCACUUUUAAAUACAAUGGUGUUUUACCCCAAAAUGCAAAGCCACGCUCGUUAGUUCUUCCAAACAACCUUCAUUUGUACAAAAAUAUAAACAAAAUCAUAGGUUUUAUAUAAUAUAGACUGUGAUGAUUACUAUAAGUAGAUUAGUCAAACGCCUAAUGUUCGAUUGACUUGAAAGACCCCCAGUGUGUCUGAAUUAAAAUAAAAUAUGUUUUAAUCACAUCUUUUUGCAUGUACCGUUGUGUGCGUAACUUGAUUAUAUAGUAAGAGUGUAGUUUGUACUUUCUUACUACUAAGCGUACAAACCCAACCCACAACAUAAUAUUAUACUAAAAUAAUAUAUUUUUCGCCGUGCAUAUUUUUUUCAAUAUUCUAUGUACAAAGGUGUAUAGGCUAUGUACACCUAAAUAAUAUUAUAUAUUUUAAUAGAUAAAGAAACCCCAGUAGCAUUUCAAGUUACCCACAUGUGCGCAUUUACGUGUAUAUGUCAAAACAAUGAGCCACUUCAAUGGCAGGUAUUACCUAUGUAAUAGUCAGACCUUUUCUGUUAGUACAAAAUAUAUAUGUGUACUUGUUAUUACCAAUAAUUGAUUAAGACACAAGUAUAUACAAUAGAUAAGAUAUAGAUAUAAGAUAUUUUUCUGUUUUGAGAGAAUACUUUAAUAAAAGUACGAAUUAUGAA